UCUGGGUCUGCCUUUUCUGCACCAAGAUCCUGGCUGUUGCCAAGGCAGAGGCCUCACUUUGACCGUCCUGGAGAUGUAAUAGUGGGGGGCAGCUUCUCCAUCUUUUACCUCUCUAUUGGUAACCUGUCUGACUUCACUGCCCCACCAUCUGGACUUGUGGCUUCAGGCGUUUCCAACUGGGGCUACCGGGUGGCCCAGAGUUUCGUCUUUGCCAUCGAGGAGAUUAAUAGGAGUGCUCACUUGUUGCCCAAUGUGACCCUGGGCUUCUCUAUUCGAAACUCUGGGGACACAGUGCAUGGAGCCCUCCAUGAGACAAUGAGCUUUCUCACGAGGCAGCAGGAGCCCAUCCCCAACUACACAUGCCAGCAUGGCUCUCCUCAGGCUGCCUUGGUUGGGGACACGCGGUCAUCCCUGUCUGUCUCCAUGGCCAGACUUCUGGGACUGUACAAGUUUCCCCAGGUCAGUUACUCAUCCUCACUACCCAGCCUCAGUGACAAGAUCCAGUUCCCAUCUUUCCUGCGAACUGUAACUAGUGACCUCAUAUCCUCCCUUGCAGUGACUCAGCUGAUAAUUCACUUUCAGUGGUCCUGGGUGAUCAUUCUGGCCUAUGAUGAUGACUUUGGGCAGCAGGCCAGCUCUCUGGCCACUCAGGAGCUGAGCACAGCUGGUGUGUGCAUUGAGUACACCCUCCAUGUUCCUUCCCAUGAGUCCCUGGGGAAGAUUGAAGAGAUUGUCCAGAAUAUGCAAAAAUCCACAGCCAGGGUUGUUCUAGUUUUCCUAAGCAGUUCCAAUUUCCAGCCCAUCCUGUAUGGCUUACUGGCUGUCCCUGUCUCAGGCCAGGUCUGGGUCAGCAAGAACAUUCUUCACAUGGUGCUCACCAUCACCAUUCCAGGCAUUUCCCAGGUACUGCACAGCACAUUUGGCCUUCUGUAUCACAGCAGCAGGGCAAUUGGCUUCCCUGAGUUCCUUGCUCACCUGCGGCCCAGCCAGACCCCCGAAGACAUGUUUAUAAAGAAGUUUUGGGAGUUCACCUUUGAUUGUACAUGGCCCCACCAGAGCAGCACAAUGACAGAGGGUGUCCAGUUGUGCUCAGGGAAUGAGAGUCUGAAAAACAAGCAGCAUCCUUUCCCAGAAGUGAGUCAAAUUGAUGAUGCUUACACAGCUGUCUACAGCAUUGCUCAUGCCCUGCAAGACAUGAUAACCCAUGGGCACCAGCAUGGGAAAGUAACCAACUCUCAGGAUGUCCAACCCUGGCAGCUGUUUCAAGCCCUCAGGAAGGUGCACUUCAAGACUCCUGAUGGAAGCGAAAUUAUAUUUGAUGCUAAUGGAGAUUUGGUGACAAAAUUUGACAUUCUCCAAGGGCAGAAGACCCCUGAGGGUGUAUUUCACUUGGUCCAUGUAGGCACGAUAGACCCUCAAGUCUCUUUGGGGAACAAAAUGAAGUUCCAUUUGAUGGAGGAUCUUCAUGUGCCCAGCUCUGUCUGCAGUGAAAGCUGCCUUCCAGGGUUCAGCCAAGUGCCCAGGCUGGGAGUCCCCCACUGCUGUUUUGAUUACAGUCCCUGCCCUGAGGGACAGUUUGCAGACCAAAGAGAUAUAGAAUACUGUCUAAUAUGUGGUUAA